AUGGCAUCUACGAGUGAGUGGACUGGCUCAUCGGGACAUCUCUACCAGUUCAAGGAGUUACUCCAAGAAAGAGCACAUUUUGGGCGGGUGUGUCUAGCGACAUCCGAAGACGAGAAAUUUGUGUUGAAGGAUAUUCCUGAAGCGAUAUUUUCUAACUUCAACGAUUUAAUUCUGCCCCACCUUAGAGACAGCCCUUACAUACGGCUCCCAUGUGACAGCAUCCCGAAUCAGCGUGUAUUCGUGUACAAGUACUUGGCCGAUGACCUAUUGAGCCUCAUACGCAGAAGUAUUUCGAUGAAAGCUCGGAGACAAAUCCUCAAAGCAGCUUUACGAGGCAUAGCGGAGCUGCACAGCCGAGACGUUAUUCAUCUAGGCAAUUUUUCAGAUGUGAAACCCGACAACAUCAUGGUCAACUACCACCAAGAGGGCCAAGACAUAAGAAUCGAAAGCGUCCAAAUCAUAGACCUUGAAAACGCCGCCUAUCUCCCGAAAGGGAGAUGCAUCAAAGGGAUGCUCCCCGGAAACGAAAACUGGCGCAGCCCAGAGGGUCACCUCAAGGGCGAACUCAACAAACCGACCGACAUGUUCUCUUUCGGUGCCGUGUGCAUCUAUGCCAUGCUCGGCCGCGUCAUCUUCGGUCCUGAUGCCGACUUUCAAAAGCACGAGGCGGCGGGCGCACUCCCGGAGAUGGUUCGCCUCCAGCGCCAGAUAUCCUACUUUCCAAAUCGGGAGAGUUUCAAUGGGCUCAUUACGCACCUGGGAGAUGAUGAACUCAGUUGCCAGGUCCUUGGCAUGCUUUGGGAUGACCGGGUCGCGGAUUAUCAUUCCUAUGAGCCGUUUUCUAGCUGGAAAGACGUCGAGGACUUUUUGUUCCAGGAAGUUGUCGCAGAAAUGAUGCAGCUGGAUCCUGCGAGGCGCAUUUCGGCUCAGCAGGCUUUAGGCCACGCUUGGUUUCGAGGGUUCGAUAUAGAUUAA